GCAAAAUAAGACCAAAUGCUAAGGGGACAUUCUGUCCCAUAUCCUGAAGCUGCAACAAUGGAGGAUCUACGUGUGACGGUGUCUCCCGGAGUACACGGGAGAACAAGUGGAGCCAGCCAGGAAAGCAAGGAUCUGUGGGAGUCACGUGUUCUGGCUGGCUACCUUGACUAUGGGACAACGGCCCUUUAAGAGCCAGGUGCGGGUCAAGCCCAGAGCUCAGUUUCAGUUUUAACAGCAGUCACCAGUGCCUUCCUGGAAGCUUCUAGAAGGGCAGGGGCACACACUGGCUGGCAGGCUGUACCCGAAACUGGAUCACCUGGAGAGAAGGAAGUAGCUAAAACGUCUCAUACAAGAAGUUAACCUGAAUGGCACCGCCCCCUUGGAAGCCACAAGCAAUGAGGCUCUCCCUGUUCACACUCUUGGUAACCGUGUUUUCAGGGGUCUCCACAAAAAGCCCCAUAUUUGGUCCCCAGGAUGUGAGUAGUAUAGAAGGUAACUCGGUUUCCAUCACGUGCUACUACCCCGACACCUCUGUCAACCGGCACACCAGGAAAUACUGGUGCCGACAAGGAGCCAGUGGCUCAUGCACAACCCUCAUCUCUUCCAAUGGCUACCUCUCCAAGGAGUACGCAGACAGGGCCAGGCUCGUCAACUUCCCAGAGAACAGCACGUUUGUGAUUAACAUUGAACAACUCACCCAGGACGACACUGGGAGCUACAAGUGUGGUCUGGGUGCCAAUAACCGAGGCCUGUCCUUUGACAUCAGCCUGGAGGUCAGCCAGGUUCCUGAGUUCCCAAAUGACACCCACGUCUACACAACAGACAUAGGCAGAAAUGUGACCAUCAAAUGCAAUUUCAAAAGGGAGAAUGCUCCUAACAAGAAAUCCCUGUGUAAAAAGACAGGCCAGACCUGCGAACUUGUCAUUGACUCUACUGAGAAUGUGAACCCCAGCUAUAAGGGCAGAGCAGACCUUUUUACAAAAGGCACCAGUCUAACAGAAUUCUAUGUCAACAUCAGUCACCUAAUGCACAGUGAUGCUGGGCUGUACGUUUGCCAAGCUGGAGAAGGUUCUAGUGCUGAUAAAGAGAAUGUUGACCUCCAGGUGCUAGAGCCAGAGCCAGAGCUGCUUUAUAAAGACCUGAGGUCCUCUGUGACUUUUGAAUGUGACCUGGGCCGUGAGGUGGCAAAGGAAGCCAAAUAUCUGUGCCGGAAGAAUAAGGAAACCUGUGAUGUGAUCAUCAACACCCUGGAGAAGAGGGAUCCAGCCUUUGAGGGCAGGGUCCUGCUGACCCCCAGGGAUGACAAUGGCCGCUUCAGUGUGUUGAUCACAGGCCUCAGGAAGGAGGAUGCAGGACACUACCAAUGUGGAGCCACCAGUUCCGGCUUGCCUCAAGAAGGCUGGCCCAUCCAGGCUUGGCAACUCUUUGUCAAUGAAGAGUCCACCAUUCCCAACAGUCGCUCCAUUGUGAAGGGAGUCACAGGAGGCUCUGUGGCCAUCGUCUGUCCCUAUAACCCCAAGGAAAGCAGCAGCCUCAAGUACUGGUGUCGCUGGGAAGGGGAAGGAAAUGGACGCUGCCCGGUGCUUGUGGGGACCCAGGCCAUCGUGCAAGAAGAGUACGAAGGCCGACUGGCACUGUUUGAUGAGCCAGGCAGUGGCACCUACACUGUCAUCCUCAACCAGCUCACCACACAGGAUGCCGGCUUCUACUGGUGUCUUACCGAUGGUGACUCUCGCUGGAGGACCACAAUAGAACUCCAGGUUUCUGAAGCUACAAAGAAGCCAGACCUUGAGGUGACGCCACAGAACGCAACCGCGGUGCUAGGAGAGACCCUCACCAUCUCCUGCCACUAUCCGUGCAAAUUCUACUCCCAGGAGAAAUACUGGUGCAAGUGGAGCAACAACGGCUGCCACAUCUUGCCCAGCCUCGACGAAGCUGCCCGCCAGUCUUCUGUGAGCUGCGACCAGAGCAGCCAGAUCGUCUCCAUGACCCUGAACCCAGUCAGUAAGGAAGAUGAAGGCUGGUACUGGUGUGGGGUGAAAGAAGGCCAAGCCUAUGGAGAAACUACAGCCAUCUAUGUAGCGGUUGAAGAGAGGACCAGAGGGUCACCCCACGUCAACCCAACAGAUGCAAACGCACGUGCAAAAGUGGCUCCGGAAGAAGGCGUAGUGGAAUCCUCUGUCAGCGAGAACGAGAACAAAGGUGUUCAGAACCCCAGGCAUUUUGCAGAUCAAAUAGAGAUACCAAAUGUGGGAGACCAAGUUCAAGAGAACAGAGCAUCUGGAGAUGCUGGCAGUGCUAAUGGACAAAGUACUAGUGGACAAAGCGGGAGCUCCAAAGUGCUGUUCUCCACCCUGGUGCCCCUGGGUCUGGUGCUGGCAGUGGGUGCUGUGGCUGUGUGGGUGGCCAGAGUCCGACAUCGGAAGAAUGUAGACCGCAUGUCAAUCAGCAGCUACAGGACAGACAUUAGCAUGUCAGACUUCAAGAACUCCAGGGAUUUUGGAGGCAACGACAACAUGGGGGUCUCUCCAGACACACAGGAAACAGUCGUCGAAGGAAAAGAUGAAAUCGUGACUACCACAGAGUGCACCGCUGAGCCAGAAGAAUCCAAGAAAGCAAAAAGGUCAUCCAAGGAGGAAGCUGACAUGGCCUACUCGGCGUUCCUGUUUCAGUCCAGCACCAUAGCUGCACAGGUCCACAACGGUCCCCAGGAAGUCUAGGGGGUGCUGACCACCCACCCCUGCCUGUGACAAUCAACUCGAGAAUCACGCUGAUCCCCUGGCAGCAGCCCACACUCACCCAUCACCUCGGCUCUUCCCUCCUGUCCUCAGACGUGUGCUGGUUCCUUCCUCGGCCAUUGAAGCCUGGCCCAGUUGUGCCUGUUUAGGAGAGAGUGUGCGGAGUUUUCUCUGUUAAGAGAGUAAAGUGGGAAUGAGGAGCUGAGCCUGAGAGACAUCUCUGAGAGGAGAGGGUUCAGAGUAGGGGCUCAUUUCAGCAGGGAAAGCCAUUUGAAGCCUCUUUCUACCCGUAUGAUAGGAUGUCGGUGUAGCUCUCCUCUCCCCCAUCUCUCCUUUCCUCUCUUCUUGAUUCAUACAACACAUCUGAAAACUCAAUAGACUUCAGUGCCUACUAAAUGCUGAGAGCCAGGCCAAGCCUUUCUAUAAACAUCACUGGAAGAGACGCCAUCGCCUCCCAGUCUUUUCUCUAAGCUAAGAAAGAUAUCAUUGCCAGGCACACCUCCUGCCUCUGUACCUCAUAGGAAACACAAGAAAUUCCCUCAGUCUAAGUCCUAUACAAGCCAUAAGGGCACCAUGAUUCUCAGAUAAGAAGAGGUUGUUUUUUCCUCAAGGGUACUCAGUGAGAUAAACUAGUGUCAAACCAGAGUAGCAACUCCUGGCUCUUGGUCCGGGAUCUGUCUUCAAGAGCUCUGCUCUUAUUAGAGGGAGAACUUUAGCAUGAGAAAAAGUAAGAGAAAACGACUUAAAUGGACUUGGUGGUGUGCUCCUGCAAUCCCAAUAUUAAGAAGUAAAAACAGGAUCAGAAGUUCAAGGUAAUCCUUGGCUACCUAGGGAGUUUAAGGCCAGCCUGGAAUACAUUGAGACUUGGUUUCAAAGAAAAAGGAGAAAGGAAUGUAAGGAGGAGGGGGGGAAAGAGGAGGAGAAGAAAAAAGAGG